GCCUGUCUUUCAACCCGAUAUGUCCAAAGCCAAGCCGGCGCCAACUGAACGCAGCCAGCCGGCGGCGUCCGCGGCGUCGUCCAGCUCUGACCCGCACCGUGUGUUAGUGCGGCGGCCGUGGCAGCUGGCCGAGGUGGACGAGCGCGGUCAAGUGUCGUGCCGCCAGCCGCCCGACGGGCCCACCACCGUCGAGUACUUCCGGCUGGUGCGCGCCACGGCCGCGCCGCACAGCGCCGACAACGUGCAGAUCGGGCAGAGGCGGCCGCCGACGCCGUGCAGUCUGUUCUGCUUCUCGGCGGAGGGAGAGGCGCGGCCGGCACUGCCCUCCGUCCAGUGCCUGGUGUGUCGCUGCCUCUCACACGCCUCCUGCGUCGGGCUUGACGACGACGACAGGCUGUUCAGCUUUGUCUGCGUGGACUGCUACCUGGGCGUGCAGAGGGGCCUCGGCUUCGACGGCGUCGGCGACUCGGUACCGGCCGACUCCGACUCAGACCCGGACCCGGGCGGCGCCAGCGACGGCAGCAUGGAGGAGCUAAUCCCGCCGCCGGCCGAGCUGAUGCCUGUCGUGCCCAAGAAGCGCUCCUGGAAGGACCCCGAGUAG